AAUGCUAUUGUUUAAUUAUAGAUCUGUUUAACUGAGAAAAAUUUAAAUAUGAUCUGAACAGAAAACUUUGUUACUCUGUUCUUGCUUGGUGUGUAUUAAAGUGAAAGUACGAGGUUUUCACGAAACAAGAUGGCAGAAGAAGCCCCAGCGUUGUUCACCUUUGAGGUGGCUCUUGAGGUCGCAAAUAAAGUUGGAGGAAUCUACACUGUCCUUCGGAGCAAAGCAGAGUCGACCGUCGAGGAACUGGGAGAGGAUUAUUGUAUGAUUGGAAUCUGUAACGAGAGAUUUGUCGCGAUGGAAGUCGAAAAAAUGGAGCCAUCUUUACCCCAGAUGAAACGGGCUGUGGAUCUGAUGAGGGAAAAACAUAUAGGGGUUGUAACUGGGCGUUGGCUUAUAGAAGGAUACCCCAAGGUUGUUUUGUUUAACUUGGACACAGCAUGGGACAUGUACAACACAUGGUCAUGGGAAAUGUUCGAUAAAACUGGUGUUGGUAUCCCAGAACAUGAUACUGAGGCUAAAAGAUGCGUUUUGUUCGGAUUUCUGACCGCAUGGUUCCUCGGAGAGUUCCGUGCUCAAUGUGGCAAGAAAUCAGUGAUCGUGGCACAAUUUCACGAAUGGUUGUCGGGUAUUGGCCUCCUUAUGUGCCGGAUGCGUCAAAUUGAUAUCUCCACCAUUUUCACCACCCAUGCUACAUUGUUGGGACGAUACUUGUGUGCUGCUAAUGUUGAUUUCUACAACAAUUUAAGCAAUUUCCAAGUUGACAUAGAGGCAGGGAACCGUCAAAUAUACCACAGAUACUGCAUGGAAAGAGCAGCUGCCCAUUCUGCUCAUGUAUUCGCCACAGUAUCCGACAUAACUUCACUAGAAGCUGAACAUCUGCUUAAACGAAAACCAGAUUUAAUUCUUCCAAAUGGAUUGAGCAUAAAGAAUGCACAGUGUAUGCAUGAGUUUCAAAAUCUACACGCGAUUGCAAAAGAAAAAAUUCACCAUUUUGUCAGAGGUCAUUUUUAUGGGCAUUUUGACCUCAAUUUGGAUAAAACACUGUACAUGUUCAUUGCUGGUAGAUAUGAAUACAGCAACAAAGGUGCAGACCUUUACAUUGAAGCUAUGAGCCGACUUAACCACAGAUUAAAGAUGAUAAACAGUGAUGUGACAGUGAUUGCUUUUCUAAUAUUCCCUGCAUCAACUAACAACUUCAACGUAGAAAGUUUAAAAGGCCAAGCAGUGGUGAAACAACUCAAAGAGACAGUUGACGUCAUUAAGGACGACAUUGGAAACAAACUUUUCGAUCUAUGUUUGAGAGGGAAACUUCCUAAUGAGGAGCAGUUACUCGACCGCGACCACGUUAUUAAACUCAAACGAUGUAUGUACGCAAACCAGUGUAGUACUUUACCCCCCAUCGUUACCCACAAUAUGACUGAUGACGCAAAUGACCCAAUCCUCAAACAAAUCCGUGAGUGCAAAUUAUUCAACGCACGCAGUGACCGUGUUAAACUCAUUUUCCACCCGGAGUUUCUUUCGCAAACCUCCCCCUUGUUAUCCAUGGAUUACGACGAGUUCGUCCGUGGGUGUCACCUCGGGGUAUUCCCCUCCUACUACGAGCCAUGGGGCUACACGCCAGCGGAGUGCGCCAUCAAAGGCAUCCCGAGCGUGACGAGCAACCUCAGUGGUUUCGGAUGUUUCAUGCAGAGUCAUCUUAGCGAUCCGGAGGCAUACGGGAUCUACAUCGUGGAUCGAAGGUUUAAAAACGUCGACGAGACGUGCAAUCAACUCACCGAUUACCUCUACCAUUUCUGUCGAAUGACUCGUAGAGAGAGAAUUAUUCAGCGAAAUCGAACGGAGCGAAUCAGCGAAUAUCUUGAUUGGUCACGACUCGGCAUGUAUUACACGAAUGCUCGACGUUUGGCGAUUGAUCGAACACACCCAGAAUUUCUCGAACAAACAAGAUCUUUUUCACCGACUGGUUCAGUCCGUCUACCACGUCCGUACUCCGCUCCAAGUUCCCCGUUUGGUUCACGCAUAGCUUCACCUUACCAAUCAGAUGAAGAGGAUAAUAAGGUGUUUGACGACGAUGACGGAGACAGCGGACUCCACACCUCAAACCUUAUUUCCACGGAUACAGAAAGUGUUCUCUCAACGGCUACCACUCCAAAUGGGACGGGGAAUGAUGUGAUAAGUUCGACCGCUUCGGAUUUGUAAUACAGAUGAUGAUGUCAUGAGCGAUGAUGUCAUAGGCGAUGAUGUCAUAAGUGAUAAUGUCAUAAGUGAUGAUGUCAUAAGCGAUUAUGUCAUAAGUGGUGAUUUCAUAAAUGAUGAUGUCAUCAGCAAUGAUGUCAUAAUUGAGGAUGUCACAGUUUUUUUUGGUUUGUUUAAAAAAAAACUGCAGUUCUAUUUUAGCAUCAAAAAUGUUUUGCAAAGUUUUUUUUUAAUAUUUCAAAACUCCGGAUUUAUUACCAUAAAUUUUUCGUUUUAAAGUUGCAAAAGGUAUUAUAAAUACAAGGAUUUGUAUUACAAAACACACAAAAAAAUGCGCAAGAUGUGCUGUUCAUGUUCGCAAUUAUAAUUGUACAUUUUAAUUUAAAAUUCUAUGUGAAAUUUUUUUUCCCAGCAUUUUUCAUGCUUGCUUGGCGUACCUGCUCUCGAUUUGCGAUAAUUUUUUUUUCCUGUUUUACUUUUGUGAUUUUUCAUUGUACGAGACGCAUUUGUAUAUUCAAAAUAUAAUAUAAGCUUUUUUUGGUAAUCAAAUUAAUAUAAUUAGAAUAAUUUAUCAUCGUUUCUUGUAAAUACGUACAUUUUUAAAUGUAUCUCCAUUGUAAUUUUCCUUAGAUUAAACAUAUACCUCUAAGCAAUUCAAAUAUUUAUGUAAAAAAUUAACUUUAUUUUUUUUUGCAUGCAUCUUCAACAAUUUUUCUGUUAUUGAACAAAUGUUUAAAAUUCAGGGCCUGCAUGCAAAAAAAUUUGUGUUAACAAAUAAAAUUACCACUUUGCAGCAUAUUUAAAGUGGAAUAUUCAAACAAUUCUUCCAUUAAUUAAUGUCAUUCAUGUUUUUCACAUGUUUUAUCUUUUUUCUGAAACUGAAAAAAAUCUUUUUUUUUUGUAUUAAAUUUAAUAGAA